GCUACCUGAGUCGGAGCGCCGCGGUGCGGGGGUGCGGUCGUGUAAUAGGAAGCGGAGUGUCUUGCAAGCUUCCCGUGGGACACCCGCUAACUCAGCCCGUCACCACGUCUGGUGCAUUCCCAGCCGACCUCUCCGCUUUUCACUUUUGGUGCUCGAGGUGCCUUGCCUGUAGCAGCCAUGCCUCUCAGCCGCAGCCUCUCCAUGUCCUCGCUUCCAGGCUUGGAAGACUGGGAGAAUGAGUUCGACCCGGAGAACACAGUGCUUUUCGAGGUGGCUUGGGAGGUGGCCAACAAGGUGGGUGGCAUCUACACUGUGCUGCAGACGAAGGCGAAGGUGACAGGGGACGAAUGGGGUGACAACUACUAUCUGGUGGGACCAUACACGGAGCAGGGCGUGAGGACACAGGUGGAGCUGCUGGAGCCCCCAACUCCUGAGCUGAAGAGGACUCUGGAUUCCAUGAACAGCAAGGGCUGUAAGGUGUAUUUUGGGCGUUGGCUGAUCGAGGGCGGACCCCUGGUGGUGCUCCUGGAUGUGGGGGCCUCAGCCUGGGCCCUGGAGCGCUGGAAGGGUGAGCUUUGGGACACCUGCAACAUCGGGGUGCCCUGGUAUGACCGCGAGGCCAACGACGCCGUCCUGUUUGGCUUCCUCACCACCUGGUUCCUGGGUGAGUUCCUGGCCCAGAGCGAAGAGAAGCCAUAUGUGGUUGCCCACUUCCAUGAGUGGUUGGCAGGCAUUGGGCUGUGCCUGUGCAGAGCCCGGCGCUUGCCGGUGGCCACCAUCUUCACCACUCACGCCACACUGCUGGGUCGCUAUCUGUGUGCUGGUGCUGUGGACUUCUACAACAACCUGGAGAACUUCAAUGUGGACAAGGAAGCCGGGGAGAGGCAGAUCUAUCACCGCUACUGCAUGGAGCGCGCAGCGGCACACUGUGCUCACGUCUUCACGACCGUGUCCCAGAUCACCGCCAUUGAGGCUCAGCACCUCCUCAAGAGGAAACCAGAUAUUGUGACCCCCAAUGGCCUGAACGUGAAGAAGUUCUCUGCUAUGCACGAGUUUCAGAACCUUCAUGCGCAGAGCAAAGCACGGAUCCAGGAGUUUGUGCGUGGCCAUUUUUAUGGGCACCUGGACUUCAACUUAGACAAGACUUUGUAUUUCUUUAUUGCUGGCCGCUACGAGUUCUCCAACAAGGGAGCGGAUGUGUUCCUGGAGGCCUUGGCCCGGCUCAACUAUCUGCUCAGAGUGAAUGGCAGCGAGCAAACAGUUGUGGCGUUCUUCAUCAUGCCGGCUCGCACCAACAAUUUCAACGUGGAAACCUUGAAGGGCCAAGCCGUGCGCAAACAGCUAUGGGACACAGCCAAUACAGUUAAGGAGAAAUUUGGGAGGAAGCUUUACGAAUCCUUGCUGGUGGGGAGCCUUCCGGACAUGAACAAGAUGCUGGACAAGGAGGACUUCACAAUGAUGAAGAGAGCCAUCUUUGCCACUCAGAGGCAAUCCUUCCCCCCUGUGUGCACGCACAACAUGCUAGACGACUCCUCGGACCCCAUCCUGACCACCAUCCGCCGAAUUGGCCUUUUCAACAGUAGUGCGGACCGUGUGAAGGUGAUUUUUCACCCCGAGUUUCUCUCCUCCACAAGCCCUCUACUCCCAGUGGACUAUGAAGAGUUUGUCCGUGGCUGUCACCUUGGGGUCUUCCCCUCCUACUAUGAGCCCUGGGGCUACACGCCAGCCGAGUGCACGGUCAUGGGCAUCCCCAGCAUCUCCACCAACCUCUCCGGCUUCGGCUGCUUCAUGGAGGAGCACAUCGCAGACCCCUCAGCCUACGGCAUUUACAUUCUGGAUCGGCGGUUCCGCAGCCUGGAUGAUUCUUGCUCGCAGCUCACCUCCUUCCUCUACAGCUUCUGCCAGCAGAGCCGGCGACAGCGCAUCAUCCAGCGGAACCGCACAGAGCGUCUGUCAGACUUGUUGGAUUGGAAGUACCUAGGCCGGUACUACAUGUCUGCGCGGCACAUGGCCCUGGCCAAGGCCUUUCCGGAUCACUUCACCUAUGAGCCCCAUGAGGUAGAUGCGACCCAGGGGUACCGCUACCCACGGCCAGCCUCCGUGCCACCAUCGCCCUCGCUGUCGCGGCACUCCAGCCCGCACCAGAGUGAGGAUGAGGAAGAGCCCCGGGAGGAGCCCCUGGGAGAAGAGAGUGAGCGUUAUGACGAGGAGGAAGAGGCUGCCAAGGACCGCCGCAACAUCCGAGCACCUGAGUGGCCUCGGCGGGCCGUCUCUUCCUCCUCCACAGGCGGGAGCAAGAGAAGCAACUCGGUGGACACUGGGCCCUCCAGCUCACUCAGCACGCCCACGGAGCCCCUGAGUCCUACCAGUUCCCUGGGCGAGGAGCGCAACUAAGCCCCUCCCACCCCACUCCACUCCCUGCCUGUCCUGUGUCCCUCUUGCAGGGGGCCUAUGCAGAUAGAAACGUGCCUGAACCUCACUCCAGACCCUGAGCCGGACCCCUACCCAGUGUGGUCCAUAGCCCAGCCUCCGUUUCAGACACUCCAGCCCUUGGACUCCAGCCUCGGGAGUCCCCACACUCCAUGCCGCUGUGCCUUUCUUGGAUUGCAGAAUGCAUUCUUUAUGCCCUGGAGUCUCCAGGCUUAGACUGGGGCCCAGAGGCCAGGAAUCUGCCGUUGCUCUUCAAUGCCAGAGGUUUUAGGACACCUGGUUUCUUGGUUUGCAGGCUGUGGCUUCAUGAUCCUACAACCAUACAGAGUAUGCUGUGCUCAGGCCUGCCCCUAGGGACCACCUCAGGUUAGCAUCUGCGUGGCCUCCCUGCAACUGGGACAACCAAGUUCAGAGUUAGGACACUUCAGGGAUUAACAGUUCAUGGGCUGAGGGUAGCUCAGGUGGCAGGUUGUUGGCCUAGUUGAAAGCCCUGGGGUCUAGCUCUGGCUCCUCAUAAACCCGGUGUGGAGAGCGCACACCUGUAAUCCCGGCACUUGGUAGGGUCAGAAGUUUAAGGUCCUCCUCCGCUAAUACAUAGGGAGUUCAAGGACAGGCUGGGCGACAUGAGGCACUGUCUCAAAAUCAAAGUAAAUAGAGCAGAAUGCUUACGGUCCUCCAUUUCAACCACAACUGGGAUGCCAGGACAGGCUGCAAGGCUGGCCUCCCUGGGUAUGUCGUUUCUUCAAGGGAGCAUGCCGAGCUGGACCAGACCUUCUCUCCCGGGGCCAGCGUCCCCUCUAGGGAACGUCUCCAUGGAGGACAGAAUGGCUGUCAACCCCAUCCCUGCUCAUCCCACUGUGAAACCACUGGGCUCUGGGUCCCGGUGGCUGAAUCAGGAGUCUUGUGCCGCGCCUUGGUCCCCUUUCCUGAUACAGAGCCGAGCCCACUGGCUUCUUGAAGCCCUACGUGUACCUCAAGGCCUUUUUGCCUGCAAGCUCCGUCCUGUCCCCAGCUUCAGUGAAUGGGCAGGCCCCUCACGUAUGCUGUGUCUGGCCUGGCACCCUUGAUUUGCAUUUGGGAGGGGAAGGGCAGAAGGUGUGUGAUUGGAGUGUGUCCAGAGAUGAAAAAUAUAUAUAUAUGCACCUGUAUUUAAGAGUUCCAACCACA